AUGCAUAACGUUGCCAAGGUAACGGUGACGUCACGAACACUAAUUUGCUUUUUCUUUUUGUUUUCUUUCUUUACUUCCCCGACUUCCUUAAAAGAAAUAUCAUUAUUCGACGAUUCGUUUGUUAAAAAACAAAAGAAAAGCAAAAUUACAAGAAGCAAAAAUUUGCAAUAUUUGGCAGUGCCAGCCAAGAUGCCACAAGAAUGGCAGCCAGAUCUUCAUAAUUGGAAUCCAUACACUUGCAGCUAUGCAGAUGUGGCUAAGCGUGGUUGGCAAAAAUGGUCAGCAAUACAACCUAACUGGCUGGCUAAAAAGAAUUCAUCUUGUCACCCAGACUGGUAUAAUCGACGCGUCAACAACAUACGCAGAACAAACUACAAGGCAAUGAACUAUCACUACGAAAGACCACUAAAGCCCACAAGUCGAACACAUGACAAUUUUGUAUCAGUAAGUGGUGAAGUGAUGCCCAAGAAAACAACUGAACCAAUGCCACCUAACAGGUCAUUUUCUGCUCAGCCUCUUUUGUUAGGAGUCACAGAUGGAGACAUCCCAGCCCCAAAUUGGGGACGGUACCAUCCAGACUUCUAUGGAGAUCCAUACCGGCUACAGUCUCUACCCCCAAUACGGUCAGGAGGAAACUUUCAUGUUAUGAAAGAAGUUUUAAAAUUUGAGAGAGUGUAA